CGGGCGGGGCCGGGCCGCGGGGGCGGGCCUCGGGCUGCUGCGGGGCGCUGAGGGGCCGGGGGGUGCUGCGGGGCCCGGCUCGGGGUGCCCAGCCUGGGUGUCCAGGCUGCUCCGUGAGGUGUUGGGGGCCAUGGGGGAGCAGAAGGCGGUGAUCAAGGACACGGACAUGCCCGAGGAGAUGCAGCAGCAGGCCGUGGAGUGCGCCGUGCUGGCCAUAGAGAAGUACAGCCUGGAGAGAGAAAUCGCCGCCCUGAUCAAGAGGGAGUUCGAGAAGAGGUACAGCCCCACGUGGCACUGCGUCGUGGGGAGGAAGUUCGGCAGCUACGUGUCCCACGAGACCAAGCACUUCAUCUUCUUCCUCGUGCGCGGCCUCAACGUGCUCCUCUUCAAAGCCGGCUGAGCCGCGGGCUGCUCACGGAGCCGCACCUCCCUGAGCAGAGACCUGGGCACGGGUGACGUGGGGCCAUCCCUGCUGGUUGUGCUGCGUUUAGGGGAAAAACAGCCCCCAAAGGCCUCUGUAUUUAUUUUCUUUCCAGAGUGAGCUUCUCAGCUAAUAAAAAUGUUAUGUUUUAGGA